AUGGCAGCCGGCCGCGCCUGCGACCCACCAUUGGACGACCUUGUCUUCCUCGACAUCACCGUCCGGUCGAGCUUGAUCAACCGCGUAAGAGCCGAGUACGACCUCGUCUGCAGCUCCCAUGGCCGGCCUUCGCCGUCGUCGUGCACCACGUUCGAGGCGGUGGGCGCCGUGCUGUGGCGGUGCCGCACCUGUGCUAUCACGUCGCCGUCUUCGUGGUCGUCGUCUUCCUCCCCGGCCGUGCUCUCGUUUGCGGUUAGCAUACGCAAGAACGUCGGCGCCGGUGACGGCUACUACGGCAAUGGUAUUGCUGCCACUGGCCAGAAGGUGAUAUCCACCGUCGGCGCGGUGGCGAACGGGAGCGUCGUGGACGUAAUCAAGGCUAUCAAGGACGCCAAGGAUGGCAUUCCUGACAUGCUCAAGAGGGUUCCAAGUAGCACCAACCCUUCUUUUUCUUCUUCUUCGUCGCAGCUGGUUGAUCGAUACAGCAUGCUUGCUGUGUCAUCCUGGAGAAAUCUUGGUCUGGACAAGCCGGAUUUCGGCAGCGGGAGCCCGGCGAGGGUGAUGUUCCACAAGAAGCCGUUGGCAACAUCCCAGCCUUUCUGCUAUUGCCUGCCAUGGAAAGGGAAUGAUGGGGCCAGUGUGAUGUCGCUCUACGUCAAGAAGGAGCACACCGACGCCUUUCUGGCUGAACUGGCCAGCCUCAAUACAUGA